AUGGCUUCUAAAGAGGAAAAAAUUGAGAAGCAGGAGAGAAUUGAGAUGAUCAGUUCUCAAUCCACCAUGUUUAACCAACUCCAAAAUAGGUUUUUUGAUAAGAACAAGGGUGGCGCCACUCGAUUGCAGUUCGCGGCGUCGAUCGCUGAUUUGGAAACGUGUCAACGCCUGAUUGGUGAGGGCGCCGCCGUCGACGCUAAGAGCGAGGAUCUCGGCGCCACGGCGCUGCAUUACGCUGCCUUAAAUAAAAACCAUGGAAAAGAGCUCGUCACGCUUUUCGUUUCCCUUGGCCUGCAAGUGACGGAAAUGGACUCCGAAGGUGAAGAACCAAUUCAUUAUGCGAUCAGAAUGCAAAACUUCAAGAUCGCCGAGCACUUGCUGCAACUCCGAGACGGCGGUGGGAACCUCUUGCAGCUUUGCGUGAAGCAAAACCGGCUGCUGUUGGCCAAGCUGGUGCAUCAGUACAAUGAACAUUUGCUUGAAUCCAUUGGAGAUUUCGGUGAAUCUAUCCUUUUCUUGGCCGUGCGGAAUGCUGACAAGGACAUGUGCAGUUGGCUGGUGGAGGAGGGCGCUGACAUCAACGCUCUAUCCGGAGACUCGCAAGCCAGCGUUUUCCACUACGUGGGUUGCAACACCUCUCACGGGAGCGAAAUCGCUUGUUACCUCGUGUCUUUGGGACUGGACCUGAGUGCGCAGGAUAGACUCCAGUUUACGCCACUCCACUACUCCCUCUUCAACGAAAAUAUCAAGGUUGCGGUAAAGUUGUUUGACCUUGGCGCCAGUUUGAAGGAAAAAAUUGGUGAUCACAACCUACUUAACUUCGCUGUGGUGCAAAGCAAACUCUUGAGUGCAAAGUUCGUGCACGAGAUGGACAAGGCACAGAUCAAAGAACGCAGCACGAAUGGAAAGAGCAUCCGUGAAAUUGCCGCUGAGUUCGCCAACCUGAAGACGUGCGAGUGGCUGUUCGGAGAAGGCGUUGACGUCCUCGCCGAGACCGAGCAGGGAAAGAACGUCCUUCACUAUGCAGCGCGCAACAAGAAACAUGGAGUAGAGCUGAUCCGAGCAUUUAUUGCCCUGGGAGUGGACAUGAACAAAGUGGGCGAGUCUAUGAACACACCGCUUUUCGAAGCCAUCGACAACAAUAACAGGGCCGUCGCUGAGGUUUUGCUGAGCCUCGGGGCGGACGUGCGUAUAAAGCGGCGCGAAUGCAACCUGCUGCAAUCCUGCAUCAUAAGAAACAAUCUGGCGGUGGCAGAAAUAGUGCACCAUUUGGACGCGGAACAGGUAAAACAGCUCAGACCAAAUGGCCAAACGGCGUUGCACAUAGCAGCUUUUUGGGCCGAUCUCAAGUUUUGCGAGUGGAUUGUUGCGGAAGGAGUUGACAUCAAUGUGCUGACCAAUCGAGGAGAAUCGGCUCUGGACUUCGCCUUGCGCCCCGAAAGUCGAGAUGCACUUCUUCACGGCUUGGUUGUGUACUCACAGUUCAGAUGA